GAAAGAGCAUCUUGUCUUGUGCAAGCGCAGGUUACUGUACACAUUAAUCGAUGACGUUCAACACAACACUUACCCGGACAGGGGUAGAGAUUUUCGUGUGAGGUUAAAUUAUUGGAGGAUAAGAAGUGUUAAGAUGGAGAUGCAGUGGUCUUAGGCUUGAAGGUCAAGCAUUUCGAGCUGGCGGCCUACUUUGACAACCACUACCUGAACACGGUUGACUCAGAGUUUGUUACAUUUGUCACAGCUGAUAUCACAGACUUCCUGAAACGAGCACAACCUGACAGAUACACACCCUGGACUCCGGAUUGCCUCCAUGGUCUAGUGGUAGAGUGUCCGCCUGGAUAGUGGAAGGUCCAGGGUUCGAUCCCUGGCCGCGUCAUAACAAAACACGUUAAAUGAUGAGUCCUGAUCUUCCCUCCAGUCAACAGCUAUCAUCGACUACUUAUCCACAAGACUGUUGAGGAAUUUCUUGAACUUGCAAGUUUCUCAGUUGGGGAGGCCCACGCUCGUCGCACUGUUGUCUGCCUGGCUGUAUCACUUCUUAGAGGUGAGUUGGGUCGAGAGUUGAUGUCCCGACCUCCUGAGCCGCAUGGCAGGAGGGGGCGGGGCAGGGGGCGUGGUGCAACUAGGGGCAGCCCCUCCCCUAGUGGGCUAACUACACGGGAGAGUGCACCAGCACCGGGGCUGGAUGCAGAGACUCGGGAGGCACGGGCGGCAGCUGUCAAGGAGAGAAGGUCACUUGGAGCAAGUUCCAGAGAAAAAAAGAAACCUGGGGCUCAGAUUUAUGUCCCUCGUGCCCGUCGUCUGAACCAGGAACAAGAGAUCAGUUUCACUCAGUCAGACAGUCAGCAGCAUAGUGGUACUCACUCACUCACCCAGCAACGUCAGGUUGAUGAUAGGCUGCAUGGUGAGCCAUGUGACCCUGAGUACAGAGGUCAAGGUGAUACGACUCCUAGAGGCCAUGGAGAUGCCACUAAAAAAUGUCAAGAUGGCAGGACCCACAGGGGUCAAAUUGACGCAAGUCAAAAAGGUCAACGCAAAGAGCCAACAGAGUCUCCAAGGGAAGAGAGGCGUUCAAAGAUGGGCCGUAAACCACGCCCAGAAAUUCAGAGAUAUGUUCCUCGUGCUAGAAGACAACCUCAGUCUGAUAUCCCCAGUGAACGACCAGUGACUCCAGAGACUUGGGAUGAAAGGAUAGAGUGUCACCACGAGAACAAGCCAGCUCAAGAGAAAUUCAUCGAGUCUCCAAAAGGCUCCUCUGUUAAAAAGUUGAAAUGUGAUUCAGAGCCUGAUGAUACAGUAAGGGUUUCAAACUCUGGAGAGAGGGGAGUUGGAAAGGAGUCUGCUGAUAUCAAUUCAAGCAAUCCUGAAACACAGGAGUCUGUUAACAAUAGCAUGGUGUCAUUUUAUUCUAGUGCAAAUGUUCCUUGUGUUGAAAGUACAGUGGUAGAACCUUCCUUUGACCAAAGGCCUCGUGCAGACUUUGUUCAAGGGACUCUUGUAGAGUCCAGUCAAGAAUGUUCUCCUGGAGUAGCUGGACAGGUGGCUGAUGGUGCACAUUCUGUAACUGACUAUAUCAGUGAUGGCAGUUCCAUCUCAGGCUCAAACAUCAAUGAUACUUGCAUCUCAUCUCUUGGCUCAGAUGAUGUUUCCCCUUCAGAAUCUCAUGGUCAGACGAGUGAGAGCUCUUCUAGCAUCAGGCAGGGUUUUGAAAGCAGAGAACAAGCAGACACAGAAUGUACUGAAAGUCAGGAGGACGGCCAUGUUGAUCUCAUUCCUGCAACUCCUGUGUCUCAUUCAGCCGCCAAAUCAGACAUGACUACAGCUCCUAUGGAUCAUGAUUCCGUGGUGGAUGUGUCUGAUAUUCCAGUUGCUUCCCAUGAUUCCCCCAGCCAGGUCAGAGUGGAGCCUGAUGCCUGUAUGCUGGUUCGAGACAGUAACCUGUCAGCAGACACUGAAACUGUCUGUCAGGACCAGGGUACUAGCAAGGCCAACCCUGAUGUCACAAGUGUAGGGAUGUUGGAACCUGAUGCCUUUAUGCUGAUUCCAGACAGUAACCUGUCAGCAGACACUGAAACUGUCUGUCAGGACCAGGGUACUAGCAAGGCCAACCCUGAUGUCACAAGUGUAGGGAUGUUGGAACCUGAUGCCUUUAUGCUGAUUCCAGACAGUAACCUGUCAGCAGGCACUGAAACUGUCAAUAAGGACCAGGACACGAGCAAGGCCAAUCCUGAUGUCACAAGUGUAGGGAUGUUAGAGGAUAAGAUCUCAGAUCAAGAUGAAGGAUGUGUUCCCCUAGAAGAAACUAAAAUGACAAAAAUUGGAGGUCAAGGUCACUCAGAAGAAUGUGACAUACAAAUGGAGGUUGACAGCAGCAACCAGCAGAUGAAUGGUGUCGCAUCUGAGGUAAAUGAGAGUCAUCAGGAUGCCCCCAACACUGAUGACACUCCAGGAGAUCUGGAGGUAUCUCAAACAUCUCAAGAUCAUGCUACAGAUGGAGUUCCUGAAUGUCAGGAGGAUUCUAAGAAGAUCAAAAAGCAGCUCAAACAGCAAGCUCUAGCUGCUUUGGACUCUGAGAUACGGAGGCGAAGUGAAGAUGCCGAAUCCCUUGAAGUGGAGAGGCAGCUGAAAGCUGAAGCUAUUGCUGCAGAGAACUUUGCUGACCCAGCCAGCCCCGAUCAGGAUGAGGAGGAGGAUUCAUGGGACAAGAUGUUUGAUGACAAUGGUGACUGUCUGGACCCAUCUGUCAUGGAGGAGCUGACGGCCCAUGUGGGGAAUGUGAAGAUCGACAAGCCAAAGAUCAACUAUCUCGACUUCCAGCCCAAAGAACCUGACGUGGAUAUGAACAUGUAUGGUCACGUGAUUGAGAUCUACGACUUCCCGGGCGAGUUCCUGACUCGGGAUCUGAUCGCUGCUUUUAAGGAUUUCAUGUCUCGAGGCUUUGACAUCAAGUGGGUGGACGAUACUCAUGCUCUUGGUGUGUUUGCCAGCCCCAUUGCAGCUCAAGAUGCCCUGAGUUACAGCCAUCCCAUGCUGAAGGUGCGGAGUCUGUCUGAGGCGUCUCGCCAGUCUAAGGUCAAGGCUAAGAAGAAUUGCGAGUUCCUGCAGCCAUACAAGGCUCGUCCUCAGACGUCUGCAUCUGCUGCUCGCCGACUGGUGUCUGGAGCCCUGGGUCUGCAGUCCCAGAUUCCCAGAGAGAAACGGGAACAAGAGCGCAAACAGCUGAAGGAGGCAAAGGAGAAACGUCGCAAGGACCGACGGCUGAAGCAAGAUAUGUGGGACGGGUCCGUCGGUGGGUGUGCCAUGGAUAAAGAAGGCUGACCACAUGGGCCAAGUGUGUUGUCUACCUCAGCUUUAUCACUUGACCAGCGCUUAACAUCCAACAGUGCUGUAUGACGCGUCCACCUCGCUUUGAGUGACCAGCGGUCACAUGGCAAGUGCUAUGUAAAUUGUGCAUGGUCAUGCAGCAGUCACAUAAGGCUUCAUCCAUUUGCUUGGUGACACAGCGGUCACAUGACCAGUGCUAACGUGGCUAUGUGGUAUCAUCCAUGUGCUUGUCAUAUAACCAGCAUGGCCUGUUGUGUGUGAUGCAAGGACUGACAGGCCAGCAGGGUGUUGUUAUGGACAGAAUAAAGGAGUGUGCAAUGAUGGAUGUAAUCCUAGGUAUAUAGCUUAAUGUACAGGUACCUAAGCAUGCAAUGUCGCCUGUUGUAAAGGUUCAAGGUCAGUGUCUGGUACUUCAUCCCUCAAACUCAGUACUUGCGUUAAUUUGCAAACUGAAGUAUACUACUCACACUUUGAGAGGCAGAACUUAUUAUAUGUCCAUGUCAAAGUAAAUACAGUCUGGAAAGACACAUUUGAGUUUAGCCUUUUGUCUUUUUCAGUAUUAUCGAAUAGUAUAUUGAUGUGAAUCACUCCCUGGAAAAUACUUCUCAAAACAAUUGUCAUAAGGAGAUUACAUAUCCCCCUGAUCUGUUGCAGUUUGGAAAUGGAGUUUGGCUGCUAUACCCCAUAUUUGGUUUAUUGCCAUUGGAUACCUUCUGUUCAGUGAAAAAAUAAUAAAUGCUGUUCAGUAUCCCAAAUCAUCAUCAGUGCUUUUGUAUACACUGCUUUCCUCUUUGACCCCUGACGUAUGCAGUUACUUUGUUGUAUAACAGGGAUGGGUCUGUUUUCACUCAGCUAAUGAAAUGAGGCCAAUUAUGACUCCCAGAGUGAAAUGAGCCUUUCGCCUGUUGAACGAUGUCCAGACCCGACCAUUGCCCCCAUGGUGGUUCAAAGUCAGAAUAGGUCUCCGGAAGCCUUUGCUGGUUGUACGAGGCGACCAAAUGGACAGGGUGGUCCGGCUUGGGGUGUGUCAUCGUACCCCAGCGGCGUGGAUUCUUGUUUAUAAAAUCCAUCACUGGAUUUCCCCGAAGGUGUGGAUUCGUUGCUCAUGAUAUCAAUCACUGGAAUGUCUGGUUCAGACCCAAUUAUUUACACGCCUCGGUCAUGUAGCUGGAAUAUUGCUGAGUGCAGUGUUGAGCAUGAACGAAUAUUGCUAGUUAUACAAGAACUUUUGCCAUUUUUGCAUUGUCCACUGAGAGCUCAUUGGUCGAAGCAGUCUGUGGUUUCUCUCUGGCUGGAACCAGACCCUGACUUGAUUUGUUGGUUAAAAAUAGCAUCUACACUGCAAAGAGAAGUAUGUGUUACGGGUGAUGGAGAAACGUAGUGUAUACACCAAUCUCAUUCAAAUCUGAUCUUAGUUCUCGCUAUCACUGAACAAAGAUCUGAGGACAUCCCAUUAAGCGU